AGGGAGGGAGGGAGGGAGGGAGGUUUUGCAGAGGGGAAAGGAAAGGAAAGGAAAGGAAAGGAAAUCCUCAUUUAGGAGAAAAAGAAAGAGAGAAGGACGAAUCGUGCUCCGCCGCCAAGGCCGCUCCGGAGAUGCCUUCCACAUUCGCCUCGGUCUUGAAGCGCGCCUAUUGGGCCCUGGUGCUCCUCAACCUGUCGGCCAGCUCCCAGCCUGCAGUUACCGGUGUCUUCCCGCAGCGAGCCGAGGAGCCCUCCGCCGCCGCAGCCCCCGGCCGCCUCAGGCACUCCAGAGCCGCGCUCAGGUACCCGGUGUAUAUGCUGCACCUCUACCGCUCCCUGCUCGCCGGCAGCCACCUGAGCCACCACUCCGCCGAGGCCUCCGCCUUGCAAGAAUCCGACUCCAUCCUCAGCCUGGUGGCCAGAACUUCAUUCCACUUUGGGAAGCAGUGGGACUUCUCCUUUGACAUGACCUCCAUCUCCAGCAGCUAUGAUAUCAGGCUGGCCCAGCUCCGGGUUCAUCUGCUGACCUUCUCUCAAUCUAGAAAUAUCACUGUGCGCAUUUAUCACAGCCACAACCACACAUGUUAUGGGAACCAGACUUGCACAAAUAGGCUGUUCCUUGGUUCUUUUGUGAGUAGCAUGUCCCUCGGCCAUCCACCCUGGAAAGUCUUCAACAUCACUAGCUUGUUACAUUUUUGGCUCCACCAAGGGCUGCCAUCUGGCCCUGAGACUGCAGAAGUCCCCCAGCAAGACUGGGCGGAGACAAAUAUAUCUGGGGACAAUAGUAAUCCAGCAGCUGGUACAUUCCAAGAUAAGUGUGUCCACAAUAAUUCUAGAGAGGGCCAACAGCUUUUGAUCGACAAUGGGCCUGAUAGAGCACUCUUGGUAGUCUUCUCCAAAGAUAAGGAACCCAUGGAGCCUUCUCAGGGCUCAAGUCUCAUUAGGACUGUAGAGAUGUCCAAGCACGUUAUGUUCUAUAACACUUCCAAAGAGGCUGGAGGCCGUCGGCAUCGGCGGAACAGGAAACAGAAGCAAAGGAUUAAAGUGAGCACUCUCCAAUCCUCCAGUCUGGGGGAAGAAGGCAGAUCUCUAUGUAAAAGGGUCGAUAUGAUGGUGGACUUUGAUAAGACUGGCUUUGGAAGCUGGAUUGUUCAUCCCAAGAAGUAUAAUGCAUAUCGAUGUGAAGGAGAUUGUCCAUCACCUGUAGAUGAGACUUUCAAGCCAACAAACCACGCCUAUAUUCAGAGCUUGCUGAAGGCAUACCAACCCAGCCGGGUACCUUGUCCAUCCUGUGCUCCAAUCAGGUUAAGCCCAUUGUCCAUGCUGUAUUAUGAGAAAGGAAGAAUAAGGGUCCGUCACCAUGAGGACAUGAUAAUUGACGAAUGUGGCUGCAACUGAUGUUUAUGGACCAUUGCUGGCUGACUAAUGGGAGUCUCCUGCAAGUAACUCCCCAACAUAAACUACCUGCCCCCUUUAUAGCAGAGGACCAGAGAAUUUUUGCUGGAGCAAGGCAGAAGCAUCUUCCUCAGCACAUGGAGAUCAAGCUGUUCUUUUAAAGUCCUGUCUGCAAGAUCCUUAGCAGAACAGGGGUUGAAGUAGGCACAUGGGAUGGGUAGCUUGCCUCAGC